GAUCCACAAGUUUCUUUUCUCACUUAAGAAGGUUGUUUGGAAAUUAUGCGGAGGAAAACGUGAAAAUCGUGAAGUUUUACUAGCGCAUCCUCUGUGAAAAUAUCAGGCAAAAACUUGACAGAACAGUUACAUACUGUAUAGGAACAUGUGCCAUACAAAUUGUGUGGAGUGUAAUCCACAAUUAAUUCAAAUAAUAACUCGUGAUAAGUGCAAAAAAGUUUCAAGGUGGUUAAUUUUUUGUCAUCUAGCUACAUUCCUCCACGAUAAAAACAGUUGUUCAUAUAUAAAAAGAAUCUACAUAGUCAACAGAAAGUACUGUGACGAUAGAUAUGGAAUCAAAUAAUGAUGUAUGUGGUGCCUGCGAAUGUGAUUUUACGGGUAGGCGGACCUUCAUCAAGUGUAACUUAUGCAGCACACAUUUUCAUCUAGCAUGUGCUUCCGCGAAAUAUGCCUGGCUGAGGAUUAUAGAGGAGUGUGCUAACUUAUUAUGGCUCUGUGAUAAAUGUAAAUUCAAAGUGCGCUCAAAGAAUGUGCAUUUUAAGGCAGAAGUUACUAUGCUAAACAAAGAAAUUGAUUGCCUAAACAUAGAGAGGCAACUAACAUCGAAAAUUGUUCAGAAUCUUGAGUAUACCAAUGACUUACUGGAAUCGAUAAUCAGGAGCAAGGACGAUUUCGAUGUCAAUUGGAACUUCGUCAAGUGUACUUUAUGCCGCACGAAGUUUCACCUGGCGUGUGCUUACAUGAGGGAAGCCUGGUUGAACAUCCUAACGGAAUGCGACAACUUGUGGUGGCUCUGCAACAAAUGCAAGUUUCUAGUGCGUUCAAGCAAUGAGCAUCACAAAGCCGAAGUUGCCAUGCUAAAUAAAGAAAUCGAUUGCUUGAGCAGAGAGAAACAACUAGCAUUAAGAUGUUUGGAAGGUUUUGAGUAUACAAACGAUUUGAUGAAGUCUUUGAUAAAAAAUCAGGUGUUAUUGGAACUAAAACAAACGUGGGAGAGUAAGCUACUGGCUAGUAAAGCUGUACAGAGUGAGCAAGAGGAAAGGGUUAAGAAACAAGAACAACAACACGCUGCUAGCAAUGGUUUCCCGAAAGUAGUAAACAAUCCUGUACCUCAAGGUGUUCCUGUUCAACAGCAGCCUACACAGCAACCUAUAGCCCCACAGAUACAACAGAUUGUGGAAACCAAGCAGGUGCCAAUCCAAAUCACACUACCUCCACAACCUGGGUCAGAUGGAACACAGAGAGUGCUAACUAUCCAAGUCCCUGCAUCUGCUUUGCAAGGAAACCAAUUACAAAAGGUUUUGACUGGCCCUGUGAUCACUGCAACAAUGGGACUUCCGGUCACUAUAGCAUCUUCACUGUUACAACAGCAUGUUAAUGCUGCUUUGAGUAGUCAGCAGCAGGCUCAAGGACAACAGCCGACUGUAUUGAAAACUGUUGGCCAGACUGAUGGAAAUUGUGAUUAUGAGGAUGGUGCAGGAUGUAGCCAAGUAAGAAGUAACGAUAUGCAGAUAGAAAAUAUCUUAGUCAAAAAAAUUGUACAGGGUGAUAGUAUGGAUAAUGAUGAUAGUGAUGAGGGAUUUAGUAUAGAAAUUAUAGUGCCAACUACGAAAAGAAAUAGGAUAGUUUCCUCCCAGAGCAAACGCACCACCCACCAACGGCCGACUCCCGGCACCUCCUCGUCCGCCGAUCCGACGCAUCCCGCGCAAUGCGACGGCGCAGCAGACACUUCGGAUGACGACGAUGACGCGUCCGAUGACGCAGACGGCGAUGACGAUGAUCCCGACGAUGACAAGCAGGACGAUGACGACGAAAUGGAGGAUGAAGGAGGCGAAGAAGAACCGUUGAAUUCGGAGGAUGACGUUACCGAUGAUGAUCCGGCGGAUUUGUUUGAGACGGAUAAUAUCGUCGUCUGUCAGUAUGAUAAGAUUAUCAGGAAUAGGAACAAGUGGAAAUUCUAUCUGAAAGACGGCAUAAUGAACCUGAACGGCACCGAUUACGUUUUCCAGAAAGCGACGGGCGACGCCGAGUGGUAAUAUAAAAUUCAGUUGUUCUGAUUUAGUUGAAAGACAAGAAAGACUUUGCGUCGUUUGCGAUACAGAAGCAUGCCACGGAUACGCGCCCUGUCCUACUAUUGAGUUUUUAUUAUAGACUUAACCGCGAAAAACGAUACUGCGACUGAUUUUGUAACUUCAAAAAAAAAAGAUAAUUGUCGAAACAGAGAUACACUAAUAACAUACUUUAGCAACUAUUCUGAGGUUUAAUGGAGCAUUUUUAUUUUGAUAUUUUUAAGCGGGCGCAUUUAGAGAAUGGCAUAGCUAUAGCGCAUAAUUUCGAUGUCUAUUUGUUUCAAAUAAGCGUUGACAAGGCGUAAUAGCAAUGCCUAACUCUAAAUGUUCCUAAUGAGGUUGAUAAUGUGUUCAAGAAGUGUCUUUGAUAAGUCGAAUUGUCUUUGUCUAUUAAAUACCCAAACACCGCGAAAAAGGUUUGUCGAUGAGCUCAAACAUGACGUAGAUAAAUUGCUAUUUGGAGGUCACGUUUGCAAAUUCAAAUAUCAACCACCUUUGUUUACAGCAGAUUCGUGUCGAGACCGAGGUUCUAGAUCAUUGUUUUCCAAGCUUAUCUAAACCCCCUUUUUGUUAAAAACACUGUUCGCGAUCCCCUAUUUCCCCCUACUUAUCAGACAAACCAAAAUAGAGAUAAAAAAACGUGCCUAAUUUCAAAGUACCUGAUGGUUUUUAAAAUUUCAUUUUACUUUACUGUUUGAGCUUGAACCAAAUAGGAUUGCGAUUUCAGUUUACAAAAUGACCUCUGAGGGCAUUGUUCAUAUCAUAGCACAUCGACAAAUUCCUUUACAAAUAUACUGAAACUUUUCUUAGAACCCUUUUCUCAAAAAAUUUGUGAUGGCAAAGUUUGCGGUGUACUUUUCAAAUGCUUCAGUAGGUCAUACUAAUUGAACCACACUGACUUGACCUCAUAUAUGAAAAUGCACUCUUUUGUAAAAGCUCCAGCCCGAAACGAAUCUGCUGUCAAAAAUGGUGGCUGUCAUUUUCAAGGUCGUAUUUGAGGUCAUUGACAAAUUGCAUUUUUGAUAUCCUGUAACUUUGGUAGUGGUGUAUUUGGGUAGUGUGGUCAGAUAGGAAUUUUCAUAUUGUUAUUAUGUAUACAAAGGUGCUGCCUUAACAGUCCUGGACAUACUUGAUGAAUGGUUCGAUCCAGUUUCUAAAUUGAACAUAUUAAAUUCUUAUGUUGACUUGUUCACAUACUGACCAGUAUUCUUGAACAUUUGGCAUGUCAGUUGAGUUAAAAAAUCUGUUUAAGUAAAUCCAACCCAUGCUGAAGCCAUUAUAGACUAGGAUGUCUAGAAUUUGAGCGUUUUAAAACAUCUUAUUGCCUGUUUUAUAACGAAAUUAUACUCUUGACGGUAUAUGGAGAGAGAUACAAAAUAUUUUGCUGGCUAACUUUUUUACUAAACGUCAAAGUUGUCCGUUAAAUUCACAUUCAUGUUCGAUGGUUAAAUUCACAUUCAUGUUCGAUGGAGGAAUUUUUUUCUGAAACAGCGUUUUAGCUAAAUUGUGUAUUGAAUCUUUGGUGAAUCAAUCUGAAAAAUUUGCCUUUUGUGAUAUUGAUACUAUAUCGUUGCUGGAGUAUGUUAUUUUUUUAUAACUAUUGUUAUUUUUAUGGGCAUUACUUAACCUCAUAUGUACAUCAACCAAUAUGCUAUUGCUAAAUUACAUAUCAUUUUGAUGUGCAUAACAUUCAAAUUCGAUAUUGUAGAUAUUUUUUUUAAUACUUUCCACAGCAUAUGUUCGGAUUGCUUCUUUGAAUUAAUUGUUUUUCUCUAUCAGCGAUCUUAAGUUCAUUAUAAGUGUAUUAAUUCAGCUACAGUGUGAAGCUGAGUAUUAGCGUCAACUAAUCGGUUUCAUUUGAGCGUGGAUCGUGGAAAAAUAUCUUUCGUUGCAAGAUCCAUAUGAAUGCAUAUCAAUAGAUGAAUUAAGUAAAUGAGAUUGUGGGUUGUGUAGAUAUGAGGUUAGACGUAUAUUCAAUAAGAAAUUAUAUGUGCUCGUUUUAGUGCCAGACCUCAGUGCAAGUCAAAAUACAUGUAUUGCUGAAUUCCUUUGAUCCGAUCAAAUCGAUCAUGUCAUCAGUUUCCCGUUGUGCUCUUUCAUGUCUAUAUUAUUUUCUAUACAAUGUUUGAAAAGCGAUCGAAAUAAUUAGUCUAAUCAUAUUAGACGAAAACUCCUGGUACGCGAAAUAAUUGUAAAGUCUCGUUUUAUUGAUGCAAGUUGUUCAAGGGGGUCUUUAAAUCACGGGUAUACCAAUUUUUGUGUCAAAACUUUUUAUUCGACAACAAAGAAUGAGAAAACUUGUUUUUUGGGAUUCAAUCGAAAGUGUUGGCGGGAACGAAAAAACUCUUCAAAUCGGAUUUUUAGGUAUUUAUGAGACCCACAGAACGAGACGACACUUAAAAAGAUCCGACUAAUAGUAAAAAAGUAAUGGCCGAAAACCGAGGCAAGAUGCACUUGUUGGUAAUGCGACGAUAUUUUCACGCAGAUACUUGAAAUGCUUCAAAUUUGUAGGCUUCAUACUUCUAAAUAACGACAACAAAAUUGGAGUCGAUUGGUCAAGUAGUUUUUGAGAAUUUGCUUCGGUUUUCGGCCAUAACUUUUUUACUAUCAAUCGGAUCUUUUUACGUGUGAUCUCGUUCUGUGGGUCUCAUAAACAACUAAAGUUCUUAUUUAAGAGUUUUUUGGUUAAAGACAACAUUUUCGAUUGGAUCCCAUAAAACUUGUUUUCUCUUUUUUUGCGUCCAUGUUUUAAAUACCCCCUUGAACAACGUGCAUCAGUAAAACCAGACUACACAAUUAUUCCUUGGAAAUUUUCUAAUAUGUUUAGACAUUUAGCAUUUAGCUGAUUUCAUCAUUUUAAUUUUCUAGUCAGCAUUACUGCUGCCACCUUGAUAAGUCUGAAAGAAUACAGCUAUUAUCUACACUUAUUCUAUUGUAUUAUUACUACAAUGAUUUAUACUGUAAUUCUUUGUCCAUAAAAAAUUACCAGAAAGUGGUAGUCAGCAUUGAUAGUUUCAGUAUUUUGACUCGCUGUAUUGAAACUUGUUCUGAGUUCUGGUUUCAAAUUGCCUUUGUAAGUGUCUGAUAUGUUGUCACAAGUUGCAACGUAUUUUACUAAUUCUUGCCUGUAUUAGGCAAUAUCGAUUAUUGUGAUGGGCAGAAAUAGUUGUUACCAUUAUUUCCGUAAAUUUUCGUUCUUGUAUUUUGUUUUUUCUUAAUUCAUCUUAGAUGAGUAUGAAGCUGCCAAAUCAGUAAUUGUAUAAUUUUUUUGGUUGAGUGCAAUUGUGUAAAUUCUAUUUUGUUAGUGGGGUCAGAUUUUUAAUAAUUUAUUUUGUACAUACAAAACUCACCGUUCAAUUAGUUUCUCUAUGUAUUUUAAAUAUAUGCUGCAGCAGAAA